GCUGACUUCCUGCUCUCAGCUGUGGGCCACAGCAGCCAGGAAGCCUGUGCAGAGACCAGGGGAGCACAGCUCACUGUUCCAGGCUCCAGGCAGGUGCUGGAAGAUGGAAGGGAGCAGCAUGAGCACAAGGCUGACCUGAAACGAUGUAGACAAGGCUGGCCUCGGACUCAAAACAGAGAUCCACCUGCCUCUGUCUCAAAAGAACUGGGUUAAAGAUGUGCAAGACCAUGCCUGGAUAUUCCUUACCCUCUAAUGCUCUGGCCCUUGGAGCUUGUUAUUAGCGGGGAUAGAAGAGAAUCCGAACCUGUGAAAAGAUGGGCUGAGAGAAAAGAAGGAGUCCAAGCAAACAGGAUGUCCACAAAUCAUAAGAACACAAAGAUGUUUUCCAAUAAUGCUAUACUUCAGUACUUCAAAAAACAGAAAUUGGUGAUUUCAUAUGCAAUAAAAAAGCCGUUUCCUUUUCUUGAGGGCCUUCGUGAUCACGACCUCAUCACUGACAAAAUGUAUGAUGAUUUUAAAGACUCUUGUAGAAACCUGGUCCCUCUACACGAAGUGAUCUACAGAGCCCUGGAAGAACUGGAGAAGAAUUUUAACAUGACAGUUCUGCAGAAAUUGUUCUGUGAGGUCAACAUGGAGAAUUACCCUCAUUUGGAACCCAUUUCCAAAAGCUUUAAUAAUGUCUUCCCGAAUGCAUUGUGUUUCGAAGGAAGUGAUAGAGGAGGCCUGAACUCCCACCUAAGUCUCGAACAAGGACCUGGUGAGAGCUGUUCUCAAGGAAGCCUGACCUGGUCACCCAUGGAUUCCUCCUCAUCUGAUGGAGGGAGAAGGAAUGAUAGAGGAACUACCACUCUCAUCCGGGGAAAUCAAACUGAGAAACAUCAACCCUCUGAGCCCCACAAUCGCACUGCUGUAAGUUUGCCUGAAAAUGGACUCUCAGAAGACCUCUGUGAAGCUGUCCAGAUUAGCAGAUUGAGAAGAGCUACCACCAGUGACAGCACUGAUAAACUCGGAAGGAAACAAGCAACCAUACCACAAGGCCCAGGUUCUGAGCCAGAAGGAGGGAGAAGGAAUGAUAGAGGAACUACCACUCUCAUCCGGGGAAAUCAAACUGAGAAACAUCAACCCUCUGAGCCCCACAAUCGCACUGCUGUAAGUUUGCCUGAAAAUGGACUCUCAGAAGACCUCUGUGAAGCUGUCCAGAUUAGCAGAUUGAGAAGAGCUACCACCAGUGACAGCACUGAUAAACUCGGAAGGAAACAAGCAACCAUACCACAAGGCCCAGGUUCUGAGCCAGAAGGAUCAGUGCUAAUCAGCCGUGGAAUACAAGUUAGUCACUGCUCUGUGGAUCUCAUAGAUAUAAAGAAGGAAGAGUCAUCAUCACUCUUGUAUGAAGAACAACAGACCCGAUCAAGGACCAACAACAAUCAGGAGUCUGGGGAAAUUGUCAUCAGCAGCGAGGAUUCUGGUGAUGAAAACAACUACUCAGAAGACGCCCCCUCAGUCAGCUGCCAACCAAAUACCAGAAAUAUUGAGAACAAUCCUACCUCGGCGAAAGAUGGUGGAACUAUAAUGAUGACUGGAAUGAAUUUAGGGCCAAGAGUUCCGACUGCUGGUCACUGUUCCAAUCCUGAUGUGCUGCUGCUCAGAACGAGAGUCAACCUGGCGACGCCAUCUUGGAAGAGCCUGGCUUUCCAAAGAGGACGUGACAACCUUUCACAAAGAGGCAGAAAGAGAGGUCCAAGAAUUCCCAGACAAAAUGCGGAUUUUAGCCGUCCUGUGCUUCCGGUGCGCUGUGGCAAGGCUGAGGGGAAGCUGCAUAGGGAGAAAUUUGAGCAAGGCAUCUAUGAGAAGAGCAUAGAGAAUGAGAAGGGACAGUGGUUCACUCCCCCAGAGUUUGAAAUUGAAGGAAAACACGAAAAUUCCAAGAAAUGGAGGCAAAGCAUACGCUGCUUCGGAUGGACCCUGCAAGAACUGAUAAAGGAAGGAAAACUACCAGACCCACCACGGAAGAGGAAAAAGAAAGAAAACCCACCAAAUCCACAGCAAACAAAGAAAAAGCUGGAAAAUUCAGAAACAUGCACAGUGUGCCGCCAGCGACGGAAAUUGUACCCCUGCGCUAACUGUAGAAAACCCUACCAUAAGAAAUGCCACAUCCCACCUGUGGAAGAUGAGAGUGGUCAAUGGUGCUGUGUCUUCUGCAAGACAGAGACAAAUGAUCAGCUACGGUGCCAAGGGAUUCAAGCGUGUCAUAAGGAAUCUGGGGUCCAGAAGAGGAAAAUGUCAUCCAAGGACCAGCUGAGAUGUGAGCAGCUUCUCUUGACUAUCUAUUGCUAUCCAAUAAGUGCCUUUUUUAUCCCCAAACCAAAGCAAAGGAAAGAGGACUUUCCAGACCUCCAGAAGCACAUGUGGCUGAACAAAAUCAAAAACAGGCUGAAUAAGAAAGCAUACCAUUCAGUACAAUCCUUUGUGAGGGACAUGCGCCUCAUCUUUCGGAACCACAGCAUCUUCUAUAAAGACAAGUUCAAAACUCUCGGAGUCACAGUAGGAAGCAUAUUUGAGGAGAAUUUUGAAAGAAUUUUUUCAAACAAGGAUCCAGGCAAACGACUUCAAGCAUGCAAUCACAUCAUCUUGUUAACGUAGUCCUUCGUAUUCUCCCCACAAGCCAUCCCAGCAGCUGCCAGCAGCACAACGCUUCCCAAGCCCACCUUUCUGCGUAAACGUCCUGCCACACUUCAGUUCCUAACUUUCUAUAUCAGCGUCCUGCCUGCUCAACUAUCAUUCUAGAUAAAACUUAACCUUACAAUGUAUCUCACAGCGGUGAGCUGCCCAGUGAUGAGGGAUCCCACUGAGAAGAUGACUGGAAGCAGCCUUGCCCCCUACCCCAUCUCCAACCCAAGGAUGUUUGUCUCAAAAUGUCCCCCAAAGUGCCUUGUCUAGGGGUGGCUUGGCCCCUCUAACUCUGUGACAGGGAGGAGGAACCAGCAAAACAGCCCAAAAGUGAAAAGGAAAACACUGUGUCCCUGAAAACAGCUGGAAGGUGACCCAUUUCUAACAGACAGUACAAACGUUUCUCUUGUGAUGUAAGAUGGAAAAGAGAAGCCAGAAGUUCAGCCAUGGGAGCUCAGUCACGGAGAGAAAGCUCAGUUGGGAACUGUGGCUGACUGCUCAGCUUCCACAGACUGUUCUUGCUGGCUGUUGUGAGCAUCCAGUUGAUGAUUGCUCUCUCGGCUGCUAUCUGUUCUUUUAUCCGGAAGCCCCAUCAGAGGCUGACUCUACCCUGCCCUGGACUCGACUGGGAACUCCAGCGGACCGCCUCUGCAGGACUUCCCCUGUUGAGUCCCCCUGGAUAUUUCAAGCACAUGAUUAAAGAUGUUUUGUUGUUGUUGUUUUCUAUUUACUCUUUUACACUGGUUUGUUAUAUGCUUAUUAAACUCAGUCAUUCAAAUCUGAAAA